ACCAUUAAAUCGAAUAUUGAUUCAAAUUUUCAAUAAAAGUAAUAAUGUCGAAAAACUUAACAAUAUUUGCGACAUUUAAACAUAGAAAUUGCAUUACGACACGCAGUAGUUCAAGAUUUUUUGUUACAAAAGUAGCACAUCAAACACAAUUAAAUACAGAAAACUUAAAUAAAAAUGAAUGGGAGUCGGCUAAACCAUAUGAAUCAAUUCCAGGACCAGGUAAAUGGUCACUUUUAAGAAGUUUCUUACCAGGCGGAAAAUUUCAUAAUAAAUCUCGUGUAUAUAUAAGUGAAACUUUACAUCACAAAUACGGUGAAAUUGUUAAAAUACCAGGAAUGUUCAAAGAAAAAGAUGUUAUUUUUACAUUUAAUGCAAAUUAUUUUGAAAAAACUUAUCGUCAUGAUGGUGUAUGGCCGAGUAGAAUAGGACUUCAAACACUUACUUAUUACAGACAUAAUUUGAGGCCAGAAAUUUUUGAGGAAACAGGAACAUUAUUAACAAAUAAUGGUGAACAGUGGGGUAAAUUACGAAGUAUAGUAAAUCCAAUAAUGAUGCAACCCAAAACUAUUAAAACCUAUGUUUCAAGAAUGGAUAAAACAACAACGAAAUUUAUUGAAAGAAUAAGAAAAAUUCGAAAUCCAAACACUUUACUGUUGCCUGACAAUUUUGAAUUCGAACUAAAUACAUUAGCUUUAGAGCACAUUUGUUUGGUAGGUUUAGAUAGUGAACUAGGUUUAAUUGGAAAUGAAGAUAAAAAUAGCGAUGGACAGAAAUUAAUUCGAUCAAUAAGUACAAUAUUUUCUUUACUUGGAGAAAUAGAAUUUAAACCUUCAUUAUGGAAAUACUAUGAAACACCGAAUUAUAAGAAAAUAAUUGAAGCUUAUGAUGCACUUACAGAAAUAACAUUAAAAUAUAUUGAUGAGGCGAUCGAACGCUAUAAAACAAUUGAAAAACACGAUAAUCGAAAUGAACAAGAAAAGAGUAUUGUUCAACGUUUAAUUAACAUAAAUAAAAAUGUUGCUGUUGUUAUGGCAAUUGAAAUGUUUUUUGCUGGUGUUGAUACAACAACAUCCGUAUUUGCAGGAUUAAUGCUUGCUCUGUCAAAAAAUCCAGAAAAACAAGAAAUUUUACGUGAAGAAGUUAAUAAAUUACUUCCUUCACCAGAUACACCAAUAACAGAAGAAAAAUUGAAAAAUUUACCAUAUUUACGUGCUUUUAUAAAAGAGUCAAUUAGAAAAUAUCCUGUUGUACAUGAACACUUACGUACAACAACUGUUAAUUUUGUUUUAGGAGGAUAUCAAAUACCUAAAAAUACCGAUAUUAUAAUGCAUCAUUCACAUUUAUAUCAUGACAAAAAUUAUUUUUCUGAACCAGAUAAAUUUAUACCAGAACGAUGGUUAAGAAACAAUGAACAAUUUAAUAUAACAGCAUCUAAAUGCCCGGUGGGGGCAUCGAAACCAUCAAAUCCUUUUGUUUUCCUACCAUUCGGUGUUGGAAAUCGUAUGUGUGUUGGAAAGCGUCUUGUUGACAUGGAAGUUGAGAUUUUAUUGGCACGAUUGGUCAACAAUUUUCAUGUAGAAUAUAAUUAUGAUGACAAAGAUAUAUUCGAACUGAAAUUGGUAUAUAUGCCAGUUAAACCACUUAAUUUUAAAUUAACAGAUAUCAAUAACUAAAAAUGACUGCUUUUUAAUAUUGUUAUACAUUAAAAUAAAGAUUCACUUAAAAACCGAAAUGUUAUAAAAUAUAUAUAUACAUGUGAGGGAAACAAUAAAAAAUUUGAAACUUAAA